UAUUGCUGCAUAUUCUUUGGCAGUACUAGGGUUAGUUUGACACCUAUGGCACUGGCAGACCUAUGUUUUGCCAUAAUUUAUUUAGCAUAUUUAAGUAGCCUGCAGGCUACUCAAAAUGUAGGCUGUAAUUGAAAACAAUGCUGCAUUUUAAAUUGUGCCUCUGCAAGGACAGGCAAGAAAUUGGUUAUGUAGUCUAGGAAUUACCCAUAUUUUCUGUCUCUAUUUGAGGAGUAGCCUAAUUUUGGUGAGAGUCCAUGUUCUCCACGCCGCUGUCCUUUUUUAAUUAAUACAUCCACUAUUGAGGACGUUUUUUAAAUUAUUAUUAUUAUUAACACUCUAAGGACUACAGUGACAGAUUCUCGACGUUGGGAUUUAGGUUUUGUACCUGUAUUCUUGCGCUGAUCUACACAUUUUCGUGCAUAAGGCACCGUUUCCAGGCCUUAUCCUUGGCUUUAAUUAUUUAUUUACGUGUAAACUGCGGUCUUGCUAUCAAAACAUUGAUGGUCGAUAAUCCCCAUCUCUGUUGAGGGCCGAACUAAAACACCUUAAUUUAUUUUCAUCUCAAAUUGGAGUAGGCUGGCACACAGUCAUUAUGGCUCGUCCACGGCCGCGGGAGUACAAGGCAGGAGAUGUGGUUUUUGCGAAGAUGAAGGGAUACCCACACUGGCCAGCGAGGAUUGAUGAACUUCCAGAGGGAGCUGUCAAGCCACCUGCUAAUAAAUAUCCCAUAUUUUUCUUCGGCACACAUGAAACUGCCUUCCUGGGCCCCAGGGAUCUCCUACCAUACAAGGAGUACAAGGACAAGUUUGGCAAGUCCAACAAGAGGAAAGGUUUCAACGAGGGUCUGUGGGAGAUCGAGAACAACGCAGGGGUCAAAUUCACCGGCUAUCAGGCCAUCCAGCAGCAGAGCUUUUCCAAGCCGGCGGGAGAAGGAGGAGACGUGGCAGAUGGAAGCAGUGAAGGAGAGGAGAGAGAUUCCAUAGAGGAGGUGGAAGAUGACAAAGGCAAACUGAAGGAUGACAGUGCCGGGUUCAAACGGAAAAGGACGGCCUCCUCUAAGAAGUCAUCCAAGCUGUCCAGGAUCUCGUCUGGAGAGGAGGAUCUGGAGGACGGGAAAGAGGAGGAUCAGAAGAGCGGAUCGGAGGGGGGAGACCCCGAUAACGGCAUCAUUAAGAACACUGCCGACAGCAAGAAGUCAUCAAAAGAGAGCGCCUGGGGAAUAGGAGUGGAGCUAGGCACUGCAGGGCCUGGAUUCACCUCUACAUCGCCAGAGGAACAUAGGAGGAGAAGAAUAAGGAACCAGUUGCUGAGAGAAGAACAUUAGGUGCUGUGGACACCUGCAGAGGGAAGGGAAGGUAUUCAUUGUUGCUGUCACGUGAUAUUGGAAUGGUCAAACUCCCAUAAUCACCACCUCUAGCACUACCUGUAAUGGGCCAUUCACGUCUAUCUCUAUGUAGAAAAUAACACACAUCUACUACAGUAUAUCACUAAAUCUGUACAACUCUGCUUCAGCCAAUAGACGCCCAGGCUUGACUAGAGCCAAGGUAACUAGCUUCAAAACAACAUACACACACACUUGUGUCCCCGUCUCUUUCAAAAUCAGAACACCACAUUUCAUAUCUAAACAGUGUAAAAUAAGCAUCAAUCGAUAUUUAUAUUGACCCUUAGCCUCCACUAUCUGAUUAAUCCAUCAAUGAUGUCAUUUAGGUAAACAUGUUAGCUAUGUUUGAUAAAACUUCUAUGAAUAUACAGUAUAAUAUACUCCCCUGUGGUCUAUGAUGAUUGAUAUAUGUUGGGUAUUGCAGUUUUCUGAUCAUACUAGUUGUAUCUUGGAUUUGCUUUUAUAAAACAACGGUUUAAGGGGAGGGACUAGCUUAGGGUUGCAAAAUUCCAGGACAUUUUCAAAACUUUCCAGUUUUCCAGAAAUCCCGGUUGGAAUAAUCCUGCAAUCAGGAGGGAAUAAGCAGGAAAUCCGGUGAUCAUACGACUGGAAUUCAUGGGAAACCUGAGAAUUUGGGUAACGUUACUGGAAAUUUGAAAUGUGUGUUUAACUGACUGUAUAACAUAUCCAUAUCACUCAGCACUGUAUGUUGCUCUUUUAUGUAACCGCAAAAGAUGAAUGGGAAAAGACAUGUACGAAGUGUUGUGCACAAACCAACUCUCUAACUUUCUAUCUAUAUAUUUGACUUUGGUUGUAGAGUAUAGGGCCAGUAUUCUACCUGACUGAUCUAGCUAACUGCUCGUUCCGCAUCCCAAAUGGAACCCUACCACCUACAUACUUUUGUGCACUUCAUCUUUCUAUGGGAAGUGAUGAAUCGGUUUUAACCUGUGUCAGUAGAAUGGGUUAUUUUAUAUUUUAAAAGCUUUCUAUAGUGGCAUGCUCAACUGUUGUACACAACUACCUAGUUAUUUUCAUAACGUUUUCAAUUAUACUGAACAAAAAGGUAAACGCAACAUGUAAAAUGUUUCAUGAUGAGCUGAAAUAAAAGAUCCCAGAAAUGUUUCAUACGCACAAAAACAUUAUUUCUCUCAAAUUUGGUGCACAAAUUUGUUUACAUCACUGUCAGUGAACAUUUCUCCAUUGCCAGGAUUAUCCAUCCACCUGACAGGUGUGGCAUAUCAAGAAGCUGAUUAAAGCUGAUUAAAAUAGCAUUACACUACGCUCCUUGUGCUAGGGACAAUAAAAGUUUUGUCACACAACACAGAUGUCGCAAGUUUUGAGUGAGCGUGCAAUUGGCCUGCUGACUGCAGGAAUGUCCACCAGAGCUGUUGCCAGAGAAUUGAAUGUUCAUUUCACUACCAUAAGCCGUCUCCAACGUCAUUUUAGACAAUUUGACAGUACAUCCAACCAGCCUCACAACCGCAGACCACGUGUAACCACACCAGCCCAGGACCUCCACAUCCAGCUUCUUCACCUGCGGGAUCGUGUGAGACCACCCACCCGGACGGCUGAUGAAACUGAGGUGUAUUUCUGUCUGUAAAAAAAACGCUUUUGUGGGGAAAAACUCAUUCUGAUUGGCUGGGCCUGGCUCCCAAGUGGGUGGGCCUAUGCCCUCCCAGGCCCACCCAUGGCUGCGCCCGUGCCCACUCAUGUGAAAUCAAUAGAUUAGGGCCUAAUGAAUUCAUUUAAAUUGACUGAUUUCCUUAUAUGAACUGUAACUCAGUAAAAUCUUUGAAAUUGUUGCAUGUUGCGUUUAUAUAAACUCAGUAAAAUCUUUGAAAUUGUUGCAUGUUGCGUUUAUAUAUUUGUUCAGUAUACCUGCUGUUUUUCCAUUCACAUUUCUUCCACAGUGCGGUGAAUGAGAAAAAAAUGACAUAACACAACCAUGUUUGCAAGCACCUUUCUCAGACAAUAUAUAGGUUUUCAUCCUGAGGCAUUUAUGACAUGUUGGAAACUCAGAAAUACAAGCUUCCAAGUUAAAAAAAACAACAUUUGAACUGCCCUCCAACUAUUUACAAAGUGACAUCACCUACUAAGGAAAUUACCUCGAUAACGAAAUCAGCGUUCUCAACGAGUUCAACGCAUGUGAAUGCACACAACUCGUUUCUCCGAGUUUUCGAGUCAUAUUUUCAGAGUUUCCGACUUGUCAUGAAUGCAGCUUUUAGUGUUUGGUAUAAAGUUGGCGCCUGUCAUGCUGGAAAAUGGUGUUUUCUGCCUUGGUUCAGCUUCCAAACUUACUGUUACACACUCCCAUCAAUGGUAUGCCAGUAGCCUGCUCUCCUUCCUAUGUCUUUAUGAAAAAUAUAUUCUAUUUAUUUUUUUGAUGAUAGUUGAUUAUAAUACUGUGUGAAAUGUAAACUCAUACAUUUAAAAAAAUGUAUUUAAACCUUUCAAUCUUUGUUAAUGCUCGGAAUUAGAACAUGUUUUACAUUUGAAAGGUUUGUAGUUUAAAGUAAACUGUUGCUGUUUAUGGACAAGACUUUUACAGAAUAAACUCAUUGGAAUGCA